UCGUAAGUACAUAUUUCGGUAGUCACCACUUAACAUGGCGCCGUUUUCCCAAUCGCAAGAAGGAACCGGCCAGCUGGCAAAGUAUGUACGAAUUCUGCAAGCCAGCGUACGAACCCGGCCGAAAAGCCAUGAUCUGCACUCCAUGUUUUGAGGGAUUCGCGUUUCGCCAUCCGGGGCAUGAUGAGGAUAGUGGCAGCCCAUCCACCAACACGUACCGGGAACCUUCUCCCACCGCCAUCUCAAUACACCAACCGCCAGCGCUGGUGACUUGUCAGAAAGAUUCCGAGCUGUACAAAGAUUUCGAUGACCUGGUGCGCGACAUCGGCAACGUGAGCACCACUUUUUCCCGUCUCAUGAUGCCCAUCCAGAACAACGACCGCUACUGUGUAUUUUAUCGCAGUCGCUCGGAUACACAAUCCCCUUCCGACGCCUUCGAGCGCUGCGUCUACUUCCGCAACACACUGGAGCCGUGCGUCGAGUCAUUCAGCCGGCGCCGAGUACAACAACCGGGAUUGCCGGCCUCCGAUGUGGAAGGGCGCGCGCAACUGGAAGCCCUGCUGGCGGGUGUGGACAGGCUUGUCCGCUGCCCGGGACUCGAUGCCGCGUCCACACAUGCUCUGCUGCCGUCGGAUGCGGUCUACCAGGAUGAAUCAUCCAUGCCGUACACCUUGCGCGUACAGAAUUGUGAACUGCUGUACCAACCGAUAACCGGAAGCCGUCUACGAUGUGCCGGGUGUUCUGCACUGCAAGCGAAACUUGCCCGUCGAAAAAAACGCCCAUCCCAAAACGAAUCGGAACUAGAAGGAGCUGCUGACUUCAAGCGCACCCAUUUCGUAUAAAUAGUGGUCGUAUAAGUUUUUUUCAUCAAAGUAACGCUGCGAAAAUCGAUCGCAAACAUCAUGGAAUUCCAUCGAAAUCAUGCCGACUCUAUGUUUUAUUAAGUUCUCACCAAAUCUCUAAUAAAGCCAAAAAAAUAGGUAUAACCAAUGUUCAUAAAUCGCUUUUCGAGUGGUAGCACAAUUCUGUUAACCAUUUAAGUACAGAUAAAACUCGCAAUCAUU